AGCAGCGGCAGCACGUCGAGCAGCAGCAGCGACGACGAUGGGCAGGAAGGCACGUCUCCCGACCCGCGGCGCCGGCGGCGGCCGGCGGCGGCUGCAGCGGCGGGCGCAGCGGCCGCGGCGGACACCCCACGGGGUGGCGGCGGCGGAUUGCUCAAUGCCCCGCAGCUUCACGGCAUCUUCCUGGAUGCUGCAGGGGCGGCAGGCGGGGGCCGAGGCGCAAGCGGCGGCGGGGCACGGGUCCCGGCGAGUAGUGAUGGCGGUUUGGAGGCUGGUGAAGGGGAGGAGGGCGGCAGGGCCAAGAAGAGGCGGCAGGGGGUAGAGCCGCCGCGAGGGCGGCAAGGGGAGAGGGACGGCGCCCAGGUGGAGCGGCGGGGACAGCAGCAGCAGCAGCAGCAGCAGCAGCAGCAGCAGCAGCAGCAGCAGCAGCAGCAGCACAGGCAGCAGCAGCAGCAGCAGCAGCAACGGCAGCAGCAGCAACAGCAGCAGCAGCAGCAGCAGCAGCAGCAGCAGCAGCAGCAGCAGCAGCAGCAGCAGCAGCAGCAGCAGCAGCAGCGGCGGCAGCGGGAGCAGCCAGCCCGGCAAGGGGAGCGGGAAGAGGAACCGGAUGAUGACAGUGUCAUUGUGUUGGACUGA